AUGGUCCCCGUGAUCAAGGAUGAUGGGUGCUUGAUUUUGGAAAACUGGCAGCGUGUGGACAGGGCCUCAGUUCUCAUCGAUCCCUCCAUUUCAAAAAUUGACAUUCUGCACAUCAGCAGAGAUGGUUCCAGUGAUUUUGCCACCUCCCGAGACUUUUGCCUUUCAGCCUGCUCCAAGGACAAGUCAUGCUUGGUGACUACUCUUGAACUACAGCCUUCAGUGAUGCAGGUGCAUAUUUACCCAGAAACACAGACUUGCACAUUUGGCCUUGAAGGCCCCCACUGUCGACUUUUGCUGAAGGAGCCAGCUACCUAUAUUUAUCGCAGGCAAGAGGCAUUCCUGUCCGUUGCUGAAAGAAGUGCUGCUCCCUCUGUCCACAUCCCGUCGCAAGGAACCUUGUUUGGCACUUCUCAAGCAGUUCGUGUGGGUUCCAGCUGGAAGAAGAUCAGGCAGUUCCUUGGGAUUCCCUAUGCACGUCCUCCAGUGGCUGAGAACCGGUUCCGUCCUCCACAAGCUUUCAUCUGGGAGGAGUCCUGGAACUCUUCCACAACUCGGGCGAGUUGCUGGCAACCAGGGGAUGAUGGAGAUGCUCUUUCCUCCGUCAGCGAAGACUGCUUGUAUUUGAACAUUUAUGUCCCACCUAAUACUGGUGGAAAUCUACCAGUGCUGGUGUUCUUUCACAACGGUGUAAGUGGUGAGGAUGUCAAGGCUCAGAGGACACUCAUCGAUGGCUCAUACCUAGCUGGAACUGGCAAUGUCAUUGUUGUAACAGCGAACUACCGAGUUGGAGUCUUUGGCUUUCUAAGCACUGGUUCCACGGUGGCAAGUGGAAACUGGGGGCUUUUGGACCAGGAAGCAGCUCUAAAAUGGACCCAGAAAAACAUUGCAAGUUUUGGAGGAGACCCUGGUCAGAUUACAAUUGCAGCUGAUCGCAGCGGAGCAGAUGUUUCCAGCAUUCACCUGGUUACAGGGGCUGUGGAUUCUGGGCUCUUCAAGAGGGUUUUGCUGAUGGUGAGUACCAAUUCUCUCAGAUUAUGGUAG